AUGAUGGGAGAGAAGAAAAUCAAGCUUUUCGUAGGUUUUUUGCGUCAGAAAUUGGAUAAUAACGGAAUUUAUAACGGUAUUAUUGCAGGUUCACGCUGGUCAUCGCUACUUUUGGACAUUUACUGGCUCAAAAAUAUGUAACUGCUUGUGAUAUUUGAUUUUUGACAAAAACGGAAUCGCAUUGGAUGUAUCUGAUCGUAAUUUCGAAUCAAGCACACAUUUUUUCAAUGAGGAACGAUAAACUCGUUGCGAUAAACUCGCAUUGGAGGAUCUGGCUUUCCAACACCAACAUCAGGAAAUGUGUUAUUCAGAGUACUAGAGGACAGUGAAAAACAUCGAGAACACACAUGAAAUUCCACUUGACAAUGUAUAUGUUGGAACUAUGAAGAAAAUAGCGGCCGUUGGAGCUGGUUGUAAAUGUUUGAUGGAUCAAAAAAUGAUUAAUUGAGAGGAACUCAUAUUUCAACAGUAACAUCCGACUCUUCUUAUUGCUAAAUUAAAAUUUUGGAGCUUGGUAGAGAUUUGACGAUAUUUUUUCUGAAGUUGAUUGGAAAAGUUGAGUUUGAAUCGAAGAAUGACGUUCCUUAUUUGCCGAAAUUAUCGAUUUGUGAUAUUCGGAGCUCUAUAACUCAGCUAAAAAGUUCAUUCGAAUCCUGAAAAUCUUUUUGUUGUAUAUUUUCAUAUGGUCUUUCUGCUGAUGUUAAUUUUCAGCCGGUUUUUCAAAAAUGUUUUUGUAAGACACGACUUUCUAUUAUUUAUUAAUGAAUAUUUAUUUAGAUAGUUCGUUUUUUGUUACAUGAAACUUUAUCAUUUAAAUUUUUCAAUUUUUCACACUUGAAUUCAGGUAUUUCUUAUUUUUUAAUAAAAAAAACGCUCAAAUAAACGUGUUUUGCUAAUUGCGAGAAUUUUUAGGUUCGAAACUUCUCAUUCCUAGCAUCAAAUAAACUGGUAUACUUUGAUUCACGUAAUUCCUGGCCUCUAGAAGUAAAUUUACCAAAAAUUUGGUGAAAUUUCAGCUAAAAUACUUUUUCAAAAAAACAUAAGUUUUUCUUUCGAUUUUAUAGCCUUAAAAAUUUCAAAAAUGAAUCGAAAUGUUAUUUCUCUGCCUUCCUUUCAUCCUCCUCUACUCGCUCAUAUACCAUUUACCCGUGAAUUUCUCGAAUUGUUUGAAAAAUUUCGAAAAAAUUUAAAAAAAUUGAAAAAAAAAUGAGAGAGUGUUGUUUGCUGUAGAGACGCAGACAACGAGAGAGCGCACACACCUCGCGUCGUCCUGUGGAUAUUGUGACGCGUUUUCUCUUUCUCCUAUUUUUAAAUUUUCAACCCCAUUUCCCAGGUGAAUCAUUAUAAAUCAAAUCAUACGAUAUUUCACAAUAUGAACUUUGUUGUUUUCCGUCUCGAUUUAUAUUUAAGGAGAAGCACAUUUUCAUUUCUUUUCUUUUCUCAUUUAUAUAAAAUAAAACUAAAUAUAUUUACAAUGUUAUUUAUUUACAUUGUAUCUCUUCUACAUUAGUCAUUCAAUUUCCCCACAAUUUUCAAUACAAUAUAAAUUUUGUAUGUGUAUACACGUCAUGUGCACUUUUUUGUUGAAAAAAAAACGAAACCAGGUGAUUUCAAAUUAAAUAAUCUUUUUGAUAAACAAUUAUUGCUCUCUCUUAUCAAUUUUUUUUCGCUCAUGUGGUUAGUGAAGCCUAGCGGAUAUCAUGUUAUUUAGAAGCGAAGAGAAGGGGGAGAAAAUCGAUUCAUGGAAAUUGAAAAAAAAACAUAGUAACGCGCUUUUUCUCCCUCCACCCUCUUUUCUCUCCGCUUUUUCACUCCUCUCCUCACUUUGAGUUCGUUUUUCUUCUUUUUUUUUGCCUUCUCUUUUUUUUUUGAAAAAAAAUUAAUAAUUUAUCGUGAAACAUUUUUUAUCAAUUUUUUUGACCUACAUUUUUUUGACGUCGCGCUGGCGGUCAUUUCUCAUUUUUGAUUUUAUUCAAAACUGAAAAAUUUGAAAAUUGCAAAAUCUUCCAGUCUGCCAGUAAGAUCUGCAGCGAUGCUCACAUUAUUGGAGCCGCCUGGCGGAGCAAAACGCUCGCCAAAUGUUGGUGGCAACUAUAACAAUCGAUCAGCUCAACAUUUAUUGAACCUAUGUGAGUUGUUUUCCGUCAAAAAUCUAAUUUUUAUUGGAGUUUUUCAGCACCAGAAGAAGACGAUCUCUACGACCAAUACGAUGAGGAAAUUGACGAUUUCGCUGAAAAUGAGCCACAAAGUUUACUAGACAAAUUUCUUGUCUGGCGAACAUCUUCCAGUGAAUUCAACGAGCGCUGGAAACGCGAAUUUCGCCAACGACCCUCGUGGUGUGACGCUGAUCUAUGUUUACAACAAAUCAAACGGGUAUGUUCAUGAGAUUGUAGUGUACACUUUAUAUUAUGUAAAACAACAAGCCAAGGCUGUUAACACCUGCUUUUUCCUGUUCCUCGCCAUGACAACCGAAAUUUUGCAAUUUUCAAAUUGCCGAAAAAACGUAUCGAAUUUCUCUUUUUUUGGGGCCCUCACCCGACUAUUUGCACAGUUUUGUUAGCUUUUCGGGUCGCCGAAAAAGUUUUUUUGCGUGUGCACAAAAAAUGAACGUUUUUUAUGAAUUUCAAAUUUUCGUGGGGAGAAUCAAGUCGAUUCAAGGUUAAUAAAAAGUCGAGGCAAAUUUAAUUAUGCAUAAGGCAGGUGUGCGGUUUCGGAGAAAAUUUGCUGACUCAUUUUCUGUGGGAGAAAAAUUAGUGUGAGAGACAGCAGAGGGAAAUUAAUGAAUUGACCUGACCUCCGGGAACAUUUUUGUGGGAAAGAACAACAUUUUGAGGAAAAGUUUUUGGCACUUCUAUGAUGUUUAUCUUGGGGAGAAGAAAAAAGUGUUUUAUAGGCUAUAAAAUGUUUUUUGGAGGCAAAGGUAUUUGAAAAGAAAUUUUGAAAGUUUGGACUAACAAGGAAACUUUUUCAACUUUAAAUAGAUAUUUUUCAAUUUGGUGAUCACGAUCUCGUUGUAAAAACUGCAAAUCUCAACUCUUCAUAUGAGUUUUGAUAGCUUCCGAAUUGGUUUUUCUGAAAAUCGGAUAGCGUAGUGGUUUUUUUUAGGAAGGGCGAUUACAUAAGUUUACUUAACUUUACGCUUUCAGAUUUCUGAAAAUUCAAUUCGGAAGCAAGUUAUUACCCACUAAAGUCACAAUUUUUUAAAAAUUUUCCAUCUUUUCCACGUGGCAAAUCAUAUUAAGAUUUGAGCUUUGCGGUUUUUACAAAGAUAUCGUCAUCUUCAACUACUAAUGGCGUGAAAUCCUCUCGCACUUUCUCCAAUUUCAAACUUCCUCCUCGUGCUGAAAAUGACGUGCAAAAAAUCACAGAGAAACAUGAUAUCUUUUUGAGCCACCGUUUUCUUGCUCACACUAGUACUACUCUCCGUUUUUUGCUCUUCCUCUUUUCUUUUUCUCUCCUUCUCGAUUACUUUUUUAAUCCGACUAGUAGUACAAUGGAUGGGAAGAAAAUUGAAUUGGAAGAAUGAGAAGGAAAAGAGGAGCCAAUGAAAAACUGGAUAUUUUUGGUUUUCAAGAGCUCUUUUCAUUCAUUAUUACUAUUAUAAUAUAAUGGGCAAGCAAGCAGGAACACCUGACUGACUCAUUUACGGAAUUGAACUGAACACAAAAAAAUUGAAGAGAAAAACAUGUUAUUUUUGAUGUUAUAUAGUGAAAAAUAAUAAAAAUAAUGAAUGGAUGGGGCUAGAAAAAAAAUGAUUUAUUGGAUUUCUGAAAAUUGUUUCUCUCUCUAUGAUGACUAAUGUGUUUUUUCGUCUUCUGGAGGAGGAAAAAAUCAAUAUAAAUAAAUAAAUAGUAACAUUCAAUCAUUUCAUUUUUAAUUGUUUGUUUUGAGGGCGAAAUUGAGGUUUUUUGAGAGGAAAAGGAAAUUGACCGAAAUUGGAAAAAAGUUGAGGGGGGAAUUAAAACAACUUGGAUAUGUUUUCAGGGAAAAGCAACGGGUAAUCAAUGGGCACUCUACUCACGAAGUUUUAUCCAAAAAGUUCUAUUCGCCUUGGGUCAAUCAGUUCAACGCAAUGCGUUCUCGAUCAUUUUGAUGGUCUCGAUGGUUUUUGCCGUUUGUUGUUACGGGCUACAAUAUGUGCAUAUCGAAACUGACAUUGUCAAGUUGUGGGUGUCGCGUAAGUAGUUUUUUUUGUGCUUGAAAGGAAUAUGAGUUUUGACGUGGCAAAGUUAUUACUAUCUUGAAAUUAAACUUUUCUGAAAACUGUCUCGGGUUCAAAAAUAUGUUAUUCUAUCAGAUUUCUAUAAAAGAUUUGUUUAUCUUAUUGUAAGUAGUUAUAAAUUUUACCACGUCAUAGUCCAUGUUUAGAGCAGUUUUUUAAAAUCAGUUUUCAUAAUGUCAAGAAAAUGUAAAACAAAACAAGAAAUCUUCUGAACCCAUCCUCCAAAAUAAUUAUUUUUUGCAGAAGGCGGCCGACUUGAUUUCGAGCUCAACUUUUUGCCAAACAUCAAACAGAAAAUGAAUUUAUCUGCGACUGAAGGUGAAGCUGAAAUACCGCGAGAAAAUGGACUGGGCGGAGGAUAUCAGGUUUUGAUCCAAACACCCGAAUUUGAUGGACAAAAUGCGUUGGAUAUUGGACCACUCUUGAAACAUGUUGAAAUUAUGAAAGAUAUCGCUAGUUUUAAUGUGACGGUGCAUGGAGAGUGAGUUAUUUUUUAAACGAAGAAACAUUUGGGAAUUAUGGUGUUUCCAACUUUUUGUCGACGAAACAAGAAAACAUAAGCUGCUUCCAAAUUCAUCUUUUUUUCCAGACAAUGGUCAUUAUCUGAUAUUUGUUUCAAACCUGCUCCUCCAUCAAUCGAUAAUGGUUCAAUUGCUGGUACAGUUUCCGAUGUUAUUGAUCGAAUUGUUCCAUGUAUUUGGAUUACACCAAUUGAUUGUUUCUGGGAGGGUUCAAAAGCUCUUGGCCCACAUCCUCAACUUCCCAAAAAGGCUCUCGGAUUAUUCUCUUAUCUUAUCAGUACUCUACCAGAAGGUGAAACUAUUCGAUGGUCCGAUUUUGAUCCGAUCAAAGUUAUCAAUGAGAUUCACAAUGCAUUCAAUCUUGGUUCACAUUAUACAUUUUUCGAACGUGCUGGAGUUGGACAUGGAUAUAUGGAUAGACCGUGUAUUGAUCCAUUAGAUCCUGAAUGUCCGGAAAUGUCACCGAAUCAUUUUGAUGUUUGUCCACAUAUUGAUAGAAUUCGAGAAAUUGCAAGAGCAAACGGUGAAGAAUUGAAAGAAGAAAAGAAAAAAGGAGAAGAAUCUAGUUCUGAUUGGUUGGAUUUUCUGAGAUCGAAAAGAAGUGUUGAAGGUGAAAACUCUACUUUAACUACUACUACUACUACAACUACUGAACCAACAACAACAUUGUCGCCUGAACAAAUUGCUAGAGAAAAGGAAUUGGAACUGUCUCGAGAGGCAACGAAGAGAAAAGAAAGUAAGUGUUUUGUUGAAAAAAUCAGGUUGAAAUCAAUUUUUGGUUAAAAUUAACUUCAUUUUUGAAAAAUGGAAGAUUAUUCUUCUUAUUCUUGUUUUCAACAAAUAUUUUUCUAAACUGAAUUAAUGUCAUAAUAUUCAGUAGUCGAUAAACUCGAAUUUUUACAGGAUGCGACAAAUUCCGCAAAUCGUCUCUUCAAUGGAUCCGAGAAAAUAAGGAUAAAUGGUCUCAAGUACUCACAGAAGACAAAUACCCGAAAACCGUUGAUUACGGUAAAAUUAUGUCAGAAGGUUGCAAUGGUUUUGCAUCAAAUGUGCUCCAUUGGCCAGUUGAUAUGAUUUUGGGAGGAGCAAAACGAGAUGAGCAAACUAGACAAUUGAAAACAGCCGAUGCUUUGCAAUCUGUAUUCUUGGUUGCAUCGCCAAAUGAUAUUUAUUUGCGAUUCAAACAAAAACCAGGAAAAAGUCCAUUGAAAAAAGGAUUGAAUAUGACAGAAUGGAAUGAGAAAAUGGCGGAAGCUGUAUUGACUGCGUGGCAAAGAAAUUUCACACGAAAUUUGUAUGAUCAUAAAGAUAAUCGUGAUGAGAAUGGAGCAGAAAGAAGAACAUUGCAUCCACUUGCAUCUACUUCGAUUGCUGAUAUGUUGGAAGAGUUUUGUCAAUUCAACUAUACUAUUAUUUUUGUUGGAUAUGGAUUGAUGGUAAGGGUUUUUCGGGAAAUGUGCAGGAAUUUUGAAAUGUGGAAAUUCAAUUGACAAUAUUGUCUCCCAAAAAUUCACUUUUGCAAUUUUUUCGCACCGUGGCAAAUUUUUAAAAUUAAAAAAUUUACCACUUAAAUGGCACCUGGCAGUUAAAAUCCAACUUACUGCUACGUGGAAAUUUUUUUGAAUCAAACAUUUUCCACGUGGGAAUAAAUUUAAAUUAGAGCUCAAAAACGUUUUUUUUUGUUAGAAUUUAAUUUCAAAAAUUCAUUUCGGCCCUAAUUUUUUGAACAUAAUAUUUCAUCCGUAAUAUUUUUUGGUCGAAAUUCCACGUGUCAUAUUGGAUCCAAAAGUCGUUAUUCAAUCUAGACACCCAAAACCUUAUCCAAAACUCUUUAAUUUUUCAGCUCGCCUAUGCUAUUCUCACACAAGUCCGAAUUGAUCGUUGGUUACCAUCAGCUGAGUCAUCAAUGGGUCUUGCAUUUGCCGGUGUUGUUGUUGUCACUUUUGCCAGUGUUGCUGGACUUGGUCUUGCCACGUGGUUUGGAAUUGAAUUCAACGCUGCCACCACGCAAAUUGUACCAUUUUUGACUCUUGGAAUUGGAGUUGAUAACAUGUUUAUGCUUCUUUACAAUUACCGUGAUCUUUUGAAAUUGUCUGGUGGACGCAAUGAUUUGGCGAUUUUGAUGAAAGAAACUGGAAUGUCGAUUUUGUGCACAUCAAUCAAUAAUAUUCUUGCUUUCCUCACUGGAACCCUUCUUCCAAUUCCGGCUCUUCGUUCGUUCUGUGCUCAAUCGAGUAUUUUGCUCACUUUUAAUUUCAUUGCAAUUUUGACCAUUUAUCCGGCCAUUAUUUCGUUUGAUUUGAGAAGAAGAAAGAGCAAUCGAAGAGAUGUUUUGUUCUGUUUGCAUGGAAAUCAACAAGAGGAAUCGUAUUCGAUGAUUUCGAAACCAAAGUUGCCUGUGAGUUAUUUGAUAAUGGGAAUUUGGGAAAUAAUUUUCAAAAUAAAAUUUCGAACCUCAAGUUUUUAGUUGCAAUUUUUUGAUAAUUUAAUUUUUAACUUCUCAAACCUGGAAAAUCACAAAAAUUUCAAACUUCUUAAUUUUUGUAUUUUGCAGAAUAAGAGAAUUAUCGGAGCUGCCUCGGAAGCCUCAAUAAUUCAACGUUUUGAUGGAAUUACCAACUCUCCACUCAACCAAGAAGAAAAUGAAGAAGCCACGUCAUCUUGGCUCAACAAACAAAUCCACAAUCACUAUAUCCCAUUGUUAUCUCGAAAAUCAUAUCGAGCAUUCGUUUUGGGAUUAUGUGUUGUAAUGCUCAGCAUUUCGACAUAUGGAUUGAAAAACACAACACUUGGAUUGGAAUUGAGUGAUGUUUUGCCCGAACACACAGCACCGGCUCAAUUUUUGAGAGCUCGUGACAAGUAUUUCAGUUUUUAUCCAAUGUUUGCUGUUUUGCAAGGACCUAAUAUCAAUUAUGCCGAACAACAGAUUCAAAUUGAGAAUUAUCGAAAAGCAAUUGGAGCAUCGAAAUAUGUUAUAAAGAAUAGUAUGGAUGAACCAAGUGAAAAAUAUUGGUUGGGAUUAAUGAGAGAUUGGUUGAUUAGUAUUCAAGAAGGAUUUGAUCAAGAAAUGGCAACUGGAGAAGCAUUUGAUUUAGAAACUGGAGAAAUUAUUGGAAAAAAUGUGUCGGAAGAUGCAAGAAUUGCACAUGCUUUGAUUUGUUCAAAAGGAAAUGUUUUUGAAUGUAAAGGAAGAAUUGGAACAGUUCGACUUGUUGAUAAAAGUGGAGUUAUUCAUCAAGAUGCAUUUUAUAAUUAUUUGACUGCAUGGUUUAAUGUUGAUCAUAUGAUGUAUUAUGUCUCGCAAGCCUCUUUCUUCCCAACACCACCAAAAUGGAGUUUGAAGAAAAAUUCGACGGAUAACUUUGUGCCGCCAGCUCAACCAUUGGCAUACUCACAAAUUCCAUUUUAUUUGACCGGUUUGACUGAUACACCAGUUAUUGUUGAAAUGAUUAAAGAUAUUCGAGGUGUUUGUGAGAGAUUCACAGAUAAUGGUUUGCCAAAUUUCCCACAAGGAAUUGCAUUCACAUUCUGGGAACAAUAUUUGUUUUUGGCUGGCAAUUUGACAUGGGCCAUCUUUAUUAUCUUGUCCGCUGUUUUUGCCGUCAUCACUUUGAUUUUGUUCAGUCCAAGAGCUGCGGCAUUGAUUUUGGGAGUUUUGGUUAUUAUCACUUUUGAGUUGGCUGGAUUUAUGGGACUUGUUGGAAUCAAGUUAAAUCCGGUUAGUUCUUUUUAAGGAGAAAAUAUGAUUUUUGUUUUUAAACGAUUAUCUCUGACUUACCAGAAAAUCUGAAAAAUUUAGACAGAAAAUUCACAUUAUUUUGAAUUUUCAAAAAAAAAUGUUUCUUUUAUAAUUAAAACAGCUAGAAUGUUUCCGGGUGGAUUUUUGGCGAAAAAAACAUUGUCCUAAAAAUAAUUCGAACAACCAAUUGCAGAUUUUUUGUUUGAUGUUUUCUUCAAAGUUUUCUAAAUUCUGUUUACUCAUUUUAAAGCCGCGGAAUCAUGUGAUUUUAAUUAGAAAUUUAAUUAAAGCUUUAUCCUAAAUAACUUGAAAUAAAAAACCAGAAUUCGGAAACUUUUUUUUAGGGAUGUUUUGGAAUUUUUUAAAAUGAAAAACAAUUUGCAGGUUUCUGCUGUCACUCUUAUCACAGCCGUCGGAAUUGGUGUCGAAUUCACUGUCCACGUCAUAGUCGCCUUUUUGACAUCUUUGGGUGACAAAAAAGAGCGAACAGCAAGUGCAGUUGAUAGAGUAUUUGUGCCAGUUAUUCAUGGAGCAUUUUCGACACUUUUGGGAAUUGUCAUGUUGUCAAUGUCGGAGUUUGAGUGAGUUUUUAAAAGUGAAAAUGGGGAUUUUGACCUAAAAAUAUAUUUAUUUCAGAUUUGUCGUCAAAUAUUUCUUUGUCGUCAUGUCGGCUUUGAUUGCAUCUGGUGUUUUCAAUGGAUUGUUCUUGCUACCUGUUAUUUUAUCGAUUAUGGGACCUGGAAGAGAGGUAGGAUUUUUGGCUGGGAAAUUAUAAGAAAUGAGGAGAAGAGUUUAGUAAAGAUACAUAUUUUUGUAGGCAUGAAAACCAGAAAAUUAAAUGGAGAAAAACUUUAUUUUGAAAUAUAGUUUUUAGAAAAUUCAGGCUUUUUUCAAAGAAGAAGAUCUCUUUACACGGAAAAAUUAGAAAUAAAAAAUGGACGUGGAAAAGUUCACGGCAAAGGAAUAUUUUUCCUCUUGCAGUUCCAUCUCAUGUAUUUUUCCAGAUUACUCCAACUGAUGGAAAAUCGCUCCUAAAUCUCCCACCUCCUCUAACAAAACGAAAUCGUCGAUGCGCAACAUCAAGAAAUUCGGAAUCGGAUGAAGAUGAUGAACCAAGCGGUUUAGUAAUGUUCUCCAAAAAAUCGAAUCAACCACAACAAGGAAAUUUGCGAAAAAUCUAA